AGGCAAAGGGCAAGUUACGUUUCCAAAGGACAAAGUGUAAAUUUCCUGUGUUUCGUCCUCUCCCCUGUCCCUUCUGCCCGCCCCCAUUCAAUUCUUUACCUAACGCAAUUCCCAACUCAAUCCCCUUUUACUUUAUCCUAUUCUUCUUCUGUCUCACCAUUUUUGCUGGAAAUGGAUUACUCCGGCAACUGUCAAACCUUUGUUUCCGGCGAUGACUUGUUCGUCGACGACUUCCUUGACUUAUCCAAUGGCUUCCCUGAAGAUGAAGGAGAUGAUAACAAGCCGAACCCGACAGAGAAUAAGGAAACAAUAACCAACAAGUCUCCUAUUCCUUCUGUGAAACAAGAUUUUGGUGAACUCAGCCUUCCUGGGGCUGAUUUGGAUAACCUCGAAUGGCUAUCUCAUUUCGUGGAAGAUUCAUUUUCGGAGUAUUCACUUACAUACUCUGCCGGAAAUCUACCGGAAAAAGCUCUCAAAGUCCAUCCAGACGCAGAAAUUCCAGUCCGAGAGAAGUCCUGUUUCACCGGUCCGUUUGGUGCAGAACAAGAGAAAACUAGUAUCCGAAUUUGGCCAAUGUCAUUUUCAACCUCUUCCUCCACUACGGCUAACAAUUUUUGGGGUCAAUUAUCGGAGUCGGUAGAAAAUAAACCUCCGGCGAGGAAACCAAAGAAGAAGAUGGAGAAACGGGCAGGAAUUGGGGCAAAACAGUGCAGCCAUUGUGGUGUGCAGAAAACCCCACUAUGGCGGACCGGUCCAUUAGGUGAGAAAACUCUUUGUAAUGCAUGUGGAGUCCGUUUUAAAUCCGGUCGUCUCUUACCAGAAUACCGGCCGGCAAGUAGUCCGACGUUUUCGUCCGGGUUACACUCGAACAGUCACCGGAAAGUUUUGGAAAUGCGGCAGAAGAAGGAAACUGAACCGGGUUCGCCGGUUCAGAGUUUUUGAAGGAUUUAAUUAGUAGAACUGUAGAGUUUUAAGGAAUUUUUAUUAUUAUUUUCAAGUUUAGGAAAUUUUAUUUUUCAAGGUAGGGUUUUGAACUUCUAAGUGUUAGUGCAGAAAUCCAAACGAACAAAUUUAAAAGAAAAAAGCACUGACCUCUAUGUACUACUUUUGAAACUUUGGGUCAUUUGAGUUUAAAGUUUAAUACCAUAUGUUAUAAUUUUCAAACAUA